UGAAGCGCCUUUACCAAGAUGGCGCUGGCCACCCGCAAGGCCGCUCACCGCAUCGACGAGAGGCCUCGCACCGGGGAUGUGCUGCUGAGCGAGAGCGUGGACUUCGCGGCCCUGCUCCUGUCGCAGCCCGUGCUGGGGGGGCUGCGGGACGCCGGGUUCGAGCGGCCGUCGCCCAUCCAACUCAAGGCCAUCCCCCUGGGGAGGUGCGGGCUAGAUCUGAUCGUGCAGGCGAAAUCUGGGACUGGGAAAACCUGUGUGUUUUCAGCCAUUGCCCUGGACUCGCUCAUUCUAGAAAACCCAGCAACGCAGGUCCUGGUCCUCGCCCCAACCCGAGAAAUCGCCGUGCAGAUCCAUUCCGUCAUUACUGCCAUCGGCAUAAAAAUCGAGGGACUGGAGUGCCAUGUGUUUAUCGGGGGGACGCCGCUAACCCUGGACAAAAUGCGCUUGAAGAAAUGCCACAUUGCUGUGGGGUCCCCGGGUAGGAUCAAGCAGCUGAUUGAGAUCGGUUACCUGCUGACGGCUGGCAUCCGCCUGUUUGUACUGGACGAAGCGGACAAACUGCUGGAGGAGGGCAGCUUCCAGGAGCAGAUCAAUUGGAUUUACUCCUCGUUGCCUGUGAACAAACAGAUGUUGGCCUUGUCAGCCACGUACCCUGAGUGUCUGGCCCAGCAUUUAACCAGGUACAUGAGGGAUCCUACUUUCAUCCGCCUCAAUCCGACUGAUCCAGCCCUUAUAGGCUUGAAGCAGUUUUACAAGAUUGUAAAUUCCUAUCCACUUCCCCACAAGAUCUUUGAGGAGAAAGUGCAACAUUUACUGGAACUGUUCAGCAAAGUCCCCUUCAACCAGGCAUUGGUCUUCUCCAAUCUGCACAGCAGAGCCCAGCACCUGGCAGACAUUCUCACCUCCAAAGGCCUCCCCGCUGUCUGUAUCUCAGGCAGCAUGAACCAGAACCAAAGGCUUGAAGCCAUGGCCAAACUCAAGCAGUUCCAGUGCCGAGUGCUCAUCUCCACCGACCUGACGUCCAGAGGAAUCGACGCAGAAAAGGUGAACUUGGUAAUCAACCUGGACAUCCCUCAGGACUGGGAGACGUACAUGCACAGGAUUGGGAGAGCCGGCCGCUUCGGUACACACGGUCUGGCUGUGACUUACUGCUGCCGUGGGGAGGAGGAGAACGAAUUGGGGCUGAUCGCCCAGCGUUGCUGCCUCCAGCUCGUGCGUUUGCCAGAUCCCAUUCCCUCGGGAUUAUUGGACGAGGCGAUGGAUUGGGACACGGAGAUGUUGAAGGUGCCGAGCGGGGAGGGUUUGCCGGGCGCUGACGCCUCGGGGUUCGCUCUUGCCAAGGCCGAGCCCGCUUUGCCGGUGAAGCACCGCGAGUCGCCCGUGGGGCGUCCUCAACCCAACAGCAGCACCAGCACCGCGGCCAAACCUCCAGCCAAGUGGCCCCCAAGACCCAGGAAGGUGCCGGCAGCCGAGGCCGGGAGGGGACGGCGACAGGCGGGAGCUCUCGUCCCCGAUCACAUCCGGGAGAAAGUGGGGAGCGCUCUGGCCGCGAGGGGCCUGGUGAGCGGGGGGCGAUCCCGACCGGAGGCGGGGGAGUUGUCCCAGAUCUCGGCGGAGGAAAGGGCAGCUCUGCAGGAAGCCCUGCCCAAGGUCCCGCCCCUCACCGCCUUCAAAAUGGCUGCCAGCCGCAGGGGGAGGGAGGAGAGCUUCAUCGAGAUCGUGGAGGAUUACGAGCGCUUCCUGCGGGAGCGGAUCCAGCGGCCGGUGGAACUGGUCAAGCAGUGGAGGGGCCCGGGCCGGGGGGGCGAGACCGAGGAGGGGGAGGUGGAGAUCCUGGAGCUGAUGGGCCGGGAGGAGAAUGAGGCCUUGUUUCUGAGCCGCGGCGACGCCCUGAGGCUCUACGCCCCCCGCAAGCGGGUGAGACCCCAGGGGUCCGGCUGUGACCCUUCCAGUGACUCCGAGUCCGACUCCGCGAGCAGCCGGUCCAGCGGGCGAGAGGCGUCGCCCGAGGAGGAGGAGGAGGAGACUCCGCCAAUUCCACCUGCUCCCAGCCAGCGGCAGCUCACAGCCAAGCUGAGGCCCGGGAAGGCCGGCGUUGCUGGGAGACCCAGCCGGGAGCCCCCUCCCUGUGCCCCUCCCCCUCCCCGUACCCCACCCCCUGCCCCCGCUCGGCUCAGAGCCGCCGAGGAGAGCAGGGGCGACACCCGGUCUCCCCCCGACUCCCUCUCAGAGCCUCGUGGCGAGGGAGCCGAGGGCGAGGGGUCCCUGCGCGGGGGCCGGAAAACCAGGAGCGAAGGCUGGGCCGGAGCGGAGAUUCCCGGGGCCGAGCGGCACAGGCAGCGACCGGCGCCCGGUCCUCACAGCGACCGGCACCAGCGGCCGCCCACGGGCCGGGGGGGGCACAGCGAGUACUGGAGAAGCUAUUACCAGGCCUGGCACCAGCACUGCACGGGCUCGAGAGCAGCCAGCGACGGAUGGCUCAGAGCCUAUCAGAUGAACUCGGUGUAUCUGACUGAGCUGCUCAAGCCCUGACGUCGGUUGUCUGACGUGUGGGGGAGGAGGGGGUGGGGUGGGGGGGGGGGGAUCAGGGAAAGAGCGUGAAUUCUCUUUUUUUUGUUCAUUUCGAGAUAAACUGUUGCAAUAAAAGAUCCGAUGUCUUUCA